GUGACGGAGGGAGUCUCGAAAUAAGGUUGACCGCUCUCCCUAGUCUCCACAGAAUCUUCAGUCAAAACUAAAAAGCUCGUGCCCCCUACGUGCUCUCCCUCCUUUUAUCAGCUCUCUCCCUCUCAACUACCGAUCCCAAAAUUGAAAUCUCACAGGGAUCCUUUUUUUUCCUCUUAAUUUUACUGAGAGAAGCCAAUCUUUCUGCUCUUGUUAUAGAUUAGGGUUUUGAUUUUUGCUAGGUUAACCAAUAAUGGUUAUGUGUUGUGAUUGUGUGUUGCCAUUCUAGUUGAUUGUUAUUAUUAUUAUUGUAUAAAUUAAAUUUGAUUAGCUAGGGUUUUGUAUUUGGGGAUUUUGACAUGACAGAAACUUCGAAAGCUCGCGUCACCAUUACUCUUGGCCGCAGUGGUCAGGUGGUAAAGAGAGCUGCAACGAUAUCGGGUGAUUAUUCCAAUUCUCAGCAAGGUGCUGGGAGUAAGCGGUCUGUUAUGGAUAGAUUAGGACACCAACUUAGCAACAAACGGCAAAGAGGGGACAGUAGUUUGACAAGUUUAGGUUCUAAUGGUGUGAAAGAUGGUCGCAUUGAUAAAGAUGACCUUCGAUACAAACUCAUGCAAAAGAAUGUAUUUAGAAGAGCUCAAAGUGAUGAUGACCAGAAAACCAUGGACCUCCGUGAAAAGCUUUCUAGGACAGUUCAGCCUUCAGGCCAUCCACUCAGUACCAAUCUUGAUGCACGGCAGCGUAUGCCUGAGCCAAUGGACACUAGUAUCUUAGGGAGAAUUCCUCCAACAAGAAGUGCAGAUGAUCUACAUCACAUGUACUCCUCUAGAAAUUCUUUUUCUUCUUGGACUUUGGAUCAUAUACGACGAAGAUCUCCGGAUAGAGUUAUAAGUUCUUCUAGGGGUUUAUCGCCACCCAGAAACGUGGAUAAUCUACAGCGAAGGCCUUUGAACAGGACAUAUGAUGAUUUUAGAACAGUUUCAUAUAUGAAUAAAGAUGCUCUUGAUGCUCCAAGGUCUGUGAGCAGUUCCUCAACUUUUAUGACAAAAUCUGCCAUGCCUCCACCAUCAACUGUACCUGCUACGUCUGUGGCACCACGUAUGAGCCAACUUCCUCCACCAAGUGGCCUUGUGCAUAAGAGUUCAUAUGCGGCUGAAGAACAACAAACUGUUGAAGGCCUACUACAUUCAUUGGGAUUAGGGAAAUAUGCCAUUCUUUUCAAGGCUGAGGAGGUAGAUAUGCCUGCAUUGAAGCAGAUGGGGGAAAGUGACCUCAAAGAGCUGGGCAUACCUAUGGGGCCAAGAAAGAAGAUUCUUCUUGCACUCCUGCCUCGUUCCAAAUGGCAUCCUUGACGGUUGUACUUUGAGAUUCUAGUGAUGCUUGGAUUAUGUAGGUUGUAAUCUAAAAUGAGAAGCUCGUAUUGAACAAUCUUUUUGUGAAGUAUUAUUUUGUGCGUUUGUCCUCAUUUUAGGUUAGGAACGGCCCACGAAUCUAUUGUCAAAUAAUUGCUUCCAAGAUAUAACUCUAUUAGUAAGCAUUUUGAUUCCUGGCAGAGGAAAAUUUUGAGAUGCAGGAUUUUUUUCCAUUAA